AUGCUCUACAGCCAAUGCCACGCGCGCUCGCGGCUGCCCUUCCUCUCUCACAUCCCUUUACUUGGCGCGCCCACUUGCGCACUGGUCAGCUUCGUCCAUGAAGCCGCAGCAACCUCUCUCCGCGGCGCCGCGCUCAUGGCCGACCUCGUCUUCUCCUUCAUCGCGGGGCUCUUGACCGUGUGCGUCCUCGAGGCUGCGCGGCCCGCCGGCACAGCAACGCCCCUCACGCGGCACCCGACGGGCACUUGGCUGGUUUUCAGCUUGCUGAUACCGGCCGGCGCGUUGGUCUGGGAGUUGGUGGUUGUUCCGGGGUUUUUGCACCGCGCCAGGGCCACUUCACACUCACGGUCCAACCUCAACCUUCCAACUGCUGAAGCCAGCGACAACAUGAAGACAACGCGCCACCACGUCUCCCCCGCCGCAGAGAGCCUAGCCAUCCCCGUCAGCAUAGCAAUCGGGUACAUCAUCCCCUCAAUCACACUUCUCAUCUUUGCACACCACCACCCAGCCACCACCAUACUACCAUGGCUGUUCUUCCCCGUGUGGGUCUCCCUCACACGCCGGCUGGUCCGGCUGGCGGCCACCUCCAACAAGCUCAAGUGGAACCAAGCCCAGGACCAGGACCAGGAUCAGCAUCAAACAACAGCAUGGCAGGAAAGCAUGCACCUCGCGUCCUCCCCUCGGACGCUGGUAGGCAUCUACUUGCUGCCCAUCGUCUGCUCAGUCCUCGCGCACGGUUGGCUCGUGGUUCAUGUCCUAAGGCAAGCCGACGACCGGCGGGAGAUGGCGCGCGCCAUGACAAAGUUUGUGAUUAUCAACGUCUUUUUCAUCGGGCUCACCGUUCUGUACUGGGUCCUUGUCGAGGCUGGGUGGCGGGGGGCGGUCCUGACGGCUGUCGCGUCGGCAGUGCUGGGCCCUGGCGCGGGUGUCUGCGUUGGUUGGAUCUACCGGGAGAAGGUCGUUGUCGAUUCGGGCCGGGGGAGCGUCACUGUGGUGGCCGUGGGAUCCCGGAGAGGGAGCCGUGAGUCGGAAGGUCCGUCGGAGAAUACCCCGUUGUUGCGGUGA